CGUUUUCUUUUCCCUUCCAUACCCGUGUCAUGUUAUUAUUCCUCCUCACAUUAAUUGCAUAUAUUACAACAAUGUGUGCGUUAUACGUCAAGUAUACAUUAUUCAUGUGCACCAAAGUCAGUUACAAUUUUUUGUACGCUUCAGCCACAUAAUAUCAUAAGAGCCAAUAUGUCUUAAUAUUUUACAAAUCCCUAUCCAUUAUAGUAUACCACAUAGGUAAUAUUAUAUCGUACGAGUAUUAUAAUAUACGUAUAGUGACAGGACACGAUGAACGACCGUGGAUUUUGGUGGAUUUUAGUUUGGCUGGUACUGCAGGAAACGGCGAUCGACGGACGAGAAUCACCAAAUUUCGAAUUCGAAAAUAACUACGUGAGUUUAACGGUUACUCCAGACUUAGAAGAAAACGGUGGCAAACGAGUGGCAGUAUCAUGGCAAGUGCUGUCCACAAAUCCAAACGACUGGGUUGGAGUGUUCAGCGCGUACCCAGAGCAAGGCCAUCCUCAUGUCACCGCCAACAUGGCGCUCCGUAAUUAUCCAGUGAACGCCACUUUUGGUUAUCUGGAAACCGACCUAACGGUGAGCACGAAAACCAUACAGCUCUUUUGCCACGAUGGUCAGUUCAAAAGCCAGUGUUUCCUGUAUUGGGUGGCAUACGUCAGUGGCGACACACCAUUAGCGACAAACUGUCUUAAGUCACAACCUAAUUGGAUGGACGAAUUGCCAGACAAGAUCAAAUCUUUAGGGUUGGAUUCAUUAUUUUUGCCAGGUACACAUGACUCUGGGGCAUACGAUACUGCUCAAAAACUACCAAUUUAUUUUGAAAAGUAUGUCUAUACCCAAGACCUUGACGUUUUGAGUCAACUGUGUCACGGAGCCCGAUACUUGGAUCUGAGAGUCGGUUUUGAUAAUCAGUCUGAACAUUUAUGGUGGCUACAUCACGAAGUUUAUCCGGUCAGACCUUUGUCCCACAUCCUCAGAGACAUACAAACAUUUGUAGAAGCAACAAACGAAAUCGUUAUCGUCGAAUUUCACAAAUUCCAAACGGGUUUUUCGAAAAAUCCAUCGGUGCACCUUGAAUUAUAUGAAUUCGUGACGUUCUACCUGGGUGAACAUAUGGCUGAAAUCGGAUGGAAUAAAUCGUUGAAAGAUUUACAGACCCAAGGACGCAGAGUAAUUGUGACUUACAACUAUUUACCGAUGACAGCAAACUACGAUAAUUAUUAUGAAAACCUAUGGACACCGGUUCCCCGAUACUGGCCAAAUGCUCAGAAAUUAACGACAUUUGAAGACUACGUACGUUUACAUAUAAAUGAAACACAAAACAAAACUGGUGUAACGGCUCUGAUGGCUGAGUUAACUCCUACUCCGUUGGACGUUAUUUUCAAUAGAGGUGAUGGUUUACGACACAUGAGUUCGAUGGUUAAUAAAUUACUGUUCAAGUGGUUUGCAACGCCAGAGUGGGGAGGAAACUUCAAUAUAGUCGCUGUAGAUUUUCUACAAAGCACCAACAUAAUCGAUGCAGCUAUCCAUUGGAAUAUGAAAAAAAUCAUUCCGUCUGAUAAGUGUUAAUAUAAACUUAAAAUAGCAAUAAUUAAAUAAUCAAAACCAAUGUCACAAUAUAAUAUGUUCAUUACGUACUAUACACGAUUAUGAAGUCUAUUAUAUGAUUUAUUUAUGACUAUAAAACAGUAAAAGCGAAUUAAACAUUUUCAUUUUUCA